GCAAGAAAGGGAGAGGUUGUCAUCCCUGGUGGAACUGGUGGCAAGAGCCUUGAGGCUCAAGAGCACCUUGCUGAAGGAAGGAGCCGUGGAGGGCAGACAAGGAAGAAUGAGAUAGGGCAUGAGGGGUACCAUGAGAUGGGGAAGAAGGGUGGACUGAGCACAACUGACAAGUCCGGAGGAGAGCGUGCUGCGGAGGAAGGAAUCCCACUUGACGAGUCCAAGUACAAAACUGACGGUCGUUCUAAUGAGUGACUUUGAAGAGCUCCAGCUUCCAGGCUUCUAGGGCCUCGUUGACUUGACCAUGACUUUGGUUUUUGGUGUUUCUAGCUACUACGUGUGUGUGUAAAAUAAAGUUGUAGUAGGGAUGAUGGUGUGAUUUUAAUCUCUAGCUAGCUGGUGUGUUUUUGUUUGACGCCCUUAUGUAAUCCUUUUGGUUGUGUGUGUGUAAAGUUGGGGUGGAGUUUCAGUGCUAAUUUUUCUCAGCUUUUGUAUUCUCGAUCUCCAUAUG